UAGGCGCCGCGCCGAGUCAGAACAUAGGACAUUUCUUUGCAGUCAUGUGAUUAGGGCGAGGCAGCAGGAGGGACCAGCAACUCCGAGGCUGUCUUGCAUACCUGUCCACAUCAGCAAGCCCACUAGUGUGAGUGAGAGGCAAGUUUACUGAAUCAUACUGGAAAGACCGACGAUUACAUGCUCGCUUUGGAACUGGGAAAACCAAAAAAAAAAAAUAAUAAUUGUUGAAUUAUAAUUAUAACAAGGGAAACUCUGGUAUUACCAGUUGAAUAUGAAAGAUUGGAGAGAAAACGUGUAUUUUCUUAUAUAACAACACGACUAAAAAAUACAAGUACAUGAAACCAGUCAGUCUGAAGGUUUUUAUUUGUUUAUUUAUUUUUUAUACAUAUAGUAAUUGCAAAUAUAUACAUAUAUAUUAAAUCUAGGCUCUGUGGGAAACAUCUGGAUUUUACUAAAUAGGAUUUUCUAUUGUCGUUACUUACAGAAUCUUCCAAGUUUUAGUUACAGACUUUAAAAAUGGCUUUGUCUCAGCUCCAGUGUUUGGAUGAUAACCAUGUAAACUGGCGGUUAAACGAAUCUAAGCCCGAGUUUUACUACAGCGAGGAACAGAGGCUAGCUGUCGAAGCUUUGUUGUCAAGUGGACCCGACGCUUUCCAAGAAGUUAUUAAGAAGCACAAUAUUCGGGACUUUUUAUCAGAACCAGAGCUUGAACGGAUUUGCAAGGUGGUGGAGAUUUACCAGCCAGGCUCUGAAAAUGUCAAAGGAGACCAUGAAAGCGGCGAUGAGGAGAGCCAAGCCGUGUCCCUGCAAUACUGGCCGGACAAUUCUGACAUUUCCAUCCCAAAACUGGAUAGGGGAUGGCCGGACAGCGCGUCCUACAGAGGGGUGACCAGAGCGAAUGUUUAUACACAGCCACCCAUGGAGGGACAGACGCACAUCAAAGAAAUAGUCAGGAAAAUAAUCGUUCAGGCACAGAAGGUGAUAGCAGUAGUCAUGGACCUUUUCACAGAUGUUGAUAUUUUUAAAGAUAUGCUGGAUGCAGGUUUCAAGAAAAAAGUAGCAGUCUACAUCAUACUGGAAGAGACUAAUGUUCAUCAUUUCCUGCACAUGUGCCAGAAGGCAGGGAUGCAUGCAGGCCACCUGAAGAACUUGAGAGUGCGCAGUAUUGGCGGGACAGAGUUUUACACGCGUUCAUCGUUGAAGAUCCGAGGCUUAAUGAGCCAGAAGUUCAUGUUUGUCGAUGGAGACCGGGCUGUGUCAGGCUCGUACAGCUUUACGUGGACUGCAUCCAGAAUGGACAGAAACCUUAUCACGGUCCUUACAGGACAGGCUGUGGACACUUUCGAUAAGCAGUUCCGAGAUCUCUACUUGAACUCCAAAGAAGUUAACUUGAAUACUAUUAAGCUGUUGGAAGAACCAGAGCCUCAACCUGUCCCACAGGCAGCCCCGCCACCCGUCCAAUCCGCCGAAGUAGCACGAAAGAUGAUAAACCCCAAAUAUACCAUUCUAAUGGCUGGUAACCAGGAGACUGCCUCUAAAACAUCUUCCGGAAAGAACAGCGACAAAGCCAAAGCAGUUCCGGGACCGGUCGAGGUCAAACAGGAACUCCCGUCAGUCCACCCGGGACUUCUUUACCUUGAACGGGCCUACAUGAUUAAUUAUGUACCAACAUGGCCAGAGCCUGAUCCCCCAAGCGACGUCAUUGGCUUUAUUAACAUUAGAGACUCGAAGAAACCCAAUCAGGCUCACCUGAUGAGGUCAGAGCUUUUUAAAACUUCACAAGCAAUACGAUUCAAAGAACCUUUUACUCCAGCGCAACACCCAGACACCCAGGAUCAACCCGCUCCUCAGAAAACAGAAAAGGCAGCCAAGGAUUCCGCCAAGGUCCCGGAGCCUGGAAGCAGUGCUAAAGUGAAAAAGAACGAUGUCGUGCGUGCACCAAAAACUGAACACAAGCCUUUAGCAAAUGAACAACCAAAAAAAUCCUUGGGCAAGCCGACCCCACCAGUUCCUAAACCCAGAACUGUUCAUUUAGUAUUAAACAGUAGUUCCACUGCUUCAAAUGAAAAUCUAGAUAUUGCAGAGGUUUCUAACAAACCUCACAAUUCAGCCAGGCCAAAAACAGAAGAACAGCAAGAAUCAGAAACUGAACUUGAUGUGGCAGUCUGUACAGUGGACAGUAUUGAAGCUCAUACAGAAGAGGAGGAGGGGGAAGUGGAAGAGAGCAGUGGUGAUGACAUUAACUCCAGUGAAUUUGUCAACGACGAAUCAAGUACUUCUUCAGCAUCCGAGGAAUGUUUUGAAUACAAUGACUCCGACAGUGGGCUCCAGGGAACCAAGCAUGAGCAUAUCCUCAAUGGUGUGAGUCAUCAUGACCCAGAGGCUACACACCGCAUGGCUAGGUUCUCACAGUCUCUGGUGGACUUACGGCCCGAGUCCCAAAAGAAGUUGGACGAUAACCAGGAACGAACCAGCAAAGCAUUAGAGGACAUAAAGGGCUUGGAGAAAAGACAGAAACUCCCUGUAAAUGAUCGUCUGUAUUACGGUAGGAAGCAGAAGCAGAUGUAUCAGACGUCAUCCAGAUCACCAGCCAGCACCAUCCAGUCGGACGGUGAAAACCAGACGCACCGGCUAGCAAGAGGCCCGAUAAAGGUGGUGAUCGCCAAGCCUGGCAGCCACCACCGGACCACCAAGACGUCAGCACCUGUCAUCGGAGGGCAUAAGUACAGGCAGGACAAAGCCAACAGUCUUUCCCAUGUCAAAUCGAACAGUGGGCACAGCUCUCCCAACAGACUAACCCGGGACAAAGUGUCAGUAGACAACUCCAUGACGCCCUUCGGGGUCUCCUGUUCCAAACUGUCCCAGAUCAAACAUCUGAGGAACAAAAUCCCACAAAAGAGGAUGCCCCUGGACCCCUGACACAAACCAGUUAUUAAGUAGAAUAACUGUUUUAAAAGCAUUGUACUGAUGCGUUGUUCUAAUGUAUAUAUUUAAGAUAUUUAAACAGGGUAGAUCGAAGGUGUUACGAGUGCAGGAGAAUAUAAGGCUAAUUGUAAAUUAACUGUGCACUCGCCUGGUCGGUGCACCAAUACCAUGUUGCAAGGAUGGUGAGGCCAAAGGUCAUGCCAGUCCAGGGAAGGUCGCCUGCCACCGGGUCUCUGAACAGAUGCAUGGCGUCGGCUCGCGGCAGGUGGCAUGUUGUGUUCGGGAUGAUCUUUGCCGGUAUUGCAUUCAAGUAGACUUUCUCCAGAUUUUGAUAGCCAUCGAUUUUGUUAAACGCUGUCGGAGAGAGACAGAUAUAUUUUUUAUAUGGUUGCCUGAUAAUAAAAAAAUGAUUUUUAGGACUGAUACAUAUAAUGUGUUGUUCUGAAGAGACCUUUACCUAUCAUGGCAAAAGAUUGUAACAUGACUUGCUGGUGAUAAUUUGGCUUCAAAGGGGAAUGGUAUGUAUUUCUGGCAUAGCAGUAAGAAACUUCCAACAUAUCAUUUUUAUUGGUUUUUAUUUUUCUGCCUGUCAUCUCUCUGAAUUAACCUGUUUGUAUUUAAGUUAAGCAGUGUUUUUGUACUGCUUUGCACUCCUCUUUGCCUCUCGACGUAGUUUUGACAGCCUGAUUGCUCUAUAGAACCGAAAGGUCAUGUCAGGUCUUGAACUACGUCACUCUCACAUGAAACUCAUCAGACUUUGGAUAUAAAUACAGAUGCAUUUUGUUUUACAGUUCUUCAAAGCGUUACCUGCUAUGCUGUUUCUGCAUGCUAGCUUUCUCCAUGCAUGUUCUUUUCUAUACCUCUGCAUAAGGGUGUGGCUGCUAUUAUUAUUAUUAUUUGUUUAUUCAGUAGACCCCUUUAUCCAAGGCAACUGUGCUCAAGGUCACACAGUGAGUGAACCGGGGACCUCCUGGUUACAAGCCCUUUUCUUUAACCACCGGACCACACUGUGACCCGGGUUAAGCUGCUAAUCCCCGGUACCACCAGAGGCAACUCAGUAAUAAACAAUGAUGAUGCAUGGCAACAAACUGCUUAUACUACUGUGGGUUGUUGCGUAAGACCAUAGGUAUGUUUUGUCAUCACUGUGUACAUACAAACUAAUAAAGAGACUGUUUGAAUAUA